UCUGUUGCACAUCGCUCACACUUCAGAUGCCGCCGCCUCCUCAUCCUAAGUCCUCUCUCCUUCUAUCCUUUACUUUCCGAUUCGAUUAAUUCGUUCUGUUCAGUUCAGGCUUCAAAGUUCAACCGUGUCGUGUUAUAAACUGCCAAUUAGGUCGCAUUCCGUCCCGGAGAUCCACCUCCGGCGGCUCUUUUUCACACAGAUUCUUCUCAUCUGAAUCGCUACCUCUCACCGAUGAAGACAUUGAAGGUCUAAUUGCUGAGCUCUUGACAGUUGAGAGCAAGGCUGCAGAGGCCCAAGAAGCACUUGAAGACGAGUCACUGGCGAAAGUUGAAGUUGAAGUGCGGGAAGAGUUGGCACAGACUCUUGAGGGAUUAAAUAUGAAAGAGAUUAGAGAUGGAGUAAGAAGUAACAAGAUAUCAAGUUCUGAAUCUAUCAGCUCUCAACCACUUGUUUUAGACAUAGAAGACUUCAAGGCUGCAGAGGCCCAAGAAGCACUUGAAGACGAGUCACUGGCGAAAGUUGAAGUUGAAGUGCGGGAAGAGUUGGCACAGACUCUUGAGGGAUUAAAUAUGAAAGAGAUUAGAGAUGGAGUAAGAAGUAACAAGAUAUCAAGUUCUGAAUCUAUCAGCUCUCAACCACUUGUUUUAGACAUAGAAGACUUCAAGGGGGACUUUUCAUUCGAUGCUUUAUUUGGAAACUUAGUAAAUGAACUGCUGCCCGCUUUCCAAGAAGAAGAUGCUGACUCAUUAGAAGGAAAUGGUAAUAUCAGUGGGAAUGAUGCUUUGUCAAACGGAAGGUCAACACAAACACAAUCAAGCCCACUAUUUCCAGAAGUUGACUCUUUAUUAUCAAUGUUUAAGAAUUCAUGUUCGCAGUUGGUUGAACUCCAGAAACAGAUUGACGGAAGACUAUAUAAUCUUAAAAAAGAUGUCGCUGCACAAGACUCCAAACAUAGGAAGACACUUGGUGAGAUUGACGGAAGACUAUAUAAUCUUAAAAAAGAUGUCGCUGCACAAGACUCCAAACAUAGGAAGACACUUGGUGAGAUUAAUGACGUGGAGUUGAGCUGAAUAGAAAAUACUAAAG